AUGGCGGCGGCGACGGGGUACGGUGACGCCCCGACCGCCGACGAUCUGGCCGCGUACGACCAACUGCUCGGCCUCCGCCACACUCGCCACAUGGCGGAGGUCUUCGCCGUGCGCCUGCCGCACGCCGCCGGACUCCGCAGGCCGCCGCCCUGCGGCACCAUCAGCUUCUGCGGCGGCAACCACUGCAACGACGUCAUCUACAGCCGCAGCCGUACGGACGACUCCACCUACCCACCGCCCUGCGACACCCAUGGCAACAUCAUGCUAACUGGUCCAUCGUUUGCCACCUCAGCAUAUGCCCCCAUCAUCUUUACCCUUUGUCUCCAUGACGGUAGCCAAGAAGAGGAUAACAAUGAGAAUGAGGUGGAGGUAAUAUACAAUACCUGCAACGGUCUCUUCAACAACUACAACAGUACCAUAAUCGAGACAGUCAACACUGGGUAUGGUCCCGCUGAGGUGAGCUACGCUGUGCUGACCAACGCCGUUGAAGGACAGGUCACAGUCAAGCUGGUCCGUCGAGAUGAACACAACGACCCCACUGCAAUCACCGGUGUUCUUGGGAGGAUCAUCACGCGCAGCAAGCUCCUCAAUGUUGGUUGUGUCCUGUUCUACAGCGACUUUGGCAGCAUCCCACACAUAGGAUCAGACGGGUUGAUCCCAUUGGCGAGGCGUGCGCUUGCAGUGCCAGCUAUGAUGCCGUUGGACUUGCGUUCUUCUUCCGGUGAUGAGAUUGUCAGAGCUGCAGUCGAGUUUGACCCUACGACUAGUGAUCAACAUGUGGAACGUGUUAUUGGAAUGGGUGGUCAUGAGAUCCAAGUGACAAUCUCAUGGUUGGACUUCCCUUGGUAG